AUGAAAGUACAGAAGAAAUUUUGCCUGGCCACCUUGCUUGUGUUUGCUUGCAUUAUCCUGUACAGACAACCUCAGCUCAUCAUCAACUUUGAACAAAUGAUUGGUAAACUUGAUAUUGUUUAUCCCAGCCCAGAUACAACCCCUGGGAUCAUGUUUGUAGAUUCCACCAAUGAAGUGGCUCCCUCAGCAUUGGCCAUUUGCUCCAUUGAGUCAGCUGCUCAUGCGAAUCCUGAGAAACCCAUUUAUUAUUUCCUGGUGGGAUUCAAUGGGAAUUUAUCUGACUAUCCAGAUCAGCCCACAACCUUCCAAAUUCUUUUAGCAAUGAAAAACGUCAUCCUCUUACCUUUGAACCUCAAAACACUCUUCGCAAACACACCAUUCGAUGGCUGGUAUCAACAGGUGAUUCCUGACUUGGAACAAUAUUGGGUUCACGUGCUCUCAGAUGCCUGCAGACUGGCUCUGCUGUGGAAAUAUGGUGGUAUCUACCUGGACACAGACAUCAUAUCCUUAAAGCCACUGCCUUUCACAAAUUUCAUCUGUGCCCAACAGGAAAACCUCGCGAAUGGUGCAGCCCUGGGAUUUAGCCAACACCACAACUUCACACAGAACUGCAUGAUUGAUUACGUCAAUAAUUACCAGGGUGAAAUCUGGGGUCACCAAGGCCCCUUGUUAAUGAGCCGUGUAUUGAGAAGGUGGUGUAAGACUGAUGACCUGGAUGAGUUUGUUGGUGCAAAGUGUAAUGGCAUUUCUUACCUGCCUUCCACGUUCUUCUAUCCGAUUCCAUAUGACGAGUGGGAAAAAUACUUUGAACAUUGGUCACUGGAGGAUAUCAGAGCCACUUUCUCAGAUACAUAUGGGGUACAUAUCUGGAAUUUCUUAAGCUCUGGGUAUCAGGAUGAUAUAAAUGAUGGGAGAGGAGUACUACUAGAAUACUUUUUCCAUAAAUAUUGUCCAAGAACAUUCAAGGCUUUUUACAAAAAGCGAUGA